AUGCGGCUCUCAUCGGGCCUGGUAGCAGCGGCGCUGCUCCUCAUCGCCGCGCUUCUGCCGGCGUCCCACCCCCGCGAGGCCCUCGCCCGCCGCCCGCUGCCCCCGCCGCCCGCCGCCCCGCGACGGCUGAGCGGCAGCGAGCUGCAGCGCGAGGUGCUGGCGCUCCUGGGCCUCCCCGGCACCCCAGCCGCCCGCCGCCCGCGCCCCGCAAGACGCGCCGGCCCGGCCGCCGCCGCCGCGCCGCUCUUCAUGCUGAGCCUGUACCGCGCCUUGGCCCGCCAGGACGACGCUGAGGACAGCCCCGCGCUCAGUGCAGCCGCCGACGGCGCGGACACCGUCAUGAGCUUCGUCAAUCUGGUUGAGCUGGACAGAGGUAUUUUCCAGAAGAAGCCUUACUGGAAAGAAUUCAGGUUCGACUUAACUCAGAUCCCAGCGGGGGAGACUGUCAUGGCGGCCGAAUUCCGAAUUUACAAGAUGAAAAGUUACACCUGCCAUGUUAAUCAGACCCUUCACAUCAGCAUUUACGAGGUCAUCCAGGAGCACCCAAGCAGGGAAUCUGAGCUUAUGUUCUUAGUUCUUCAGGAAUGUCUGGCUGGCAUGGAUGGAUGGCUGACCUUCGAUGUCACAGCUGCUAGUAACCACUGGUUGUUGAACCGUAAAUACAAUUUGGGGCUGAGACUUUAUGUGGAGACAGAGGAUGGAGAGAGUGUGGACCCAGGACUGGCCGGCCUCUUGGGUCGCCAUGGACCACGUUCCAAGCAGCCCUUCGUGGUGACCUUUUUCCAGGAGAGUGAAAACCAAGUCAGACUCCCCCGAGCAGCCAAGCAGGCAAAACGACGACUGCAGCACAGGAAGAGCUACAGCUUCCCGCACUCCAACAGGCUCCCAGGGGUUUUUGAUGAUGUGCAUGUUUCUGAACAUAGCCAGGUCUGCAGAAGGCAUGAACUGAAUGUCAAGUUUCAAGAUUUUGAUUGGCUGGACUGGGUGAUUGCCCCCCAGAGUUACCCCGCAUUCUACUGUGAUGGAGAGUGUGUGUUUCCCCUGAAUUCCUCCAUGAACGCCACCAACCAUGCCAUCGUCCAGUCGCUGGUCCACCUGAUGAAGCCUGAAGCUGUUCCCAGGGCCUGCUGUGCCCCCACGAAGCUCAGUGCCAUCUUUGUUCUCUUUUAUGACAGCAACAACAACGUUAUCCUCAGGAAAAAGCGGAAUAUGGUGGUGAAGUCCUGUGGCUGCCACUAAUGCUGUGCCCAACCCAGGCCCUUUCUGGGGAGGCAGGCCCUUGACACGGAUGGGGGCGCACGGUUACUACCUGCUUCUAAGCGGAAGACCCUUUGAUGGACAGGGAAAGAGCAUCUGCCUGCCCCAUGGACUGGGACGAAGGAGGGCCAGCCUCAGACCUGAGGACAACACAGGGCCCUGCCAUGGACUCCCGCUGCCAGGAGAGGUUCUGCUUCUUAACCACACAAACAGAGAAACAGCUUUGCCAAGGGAAUGGAAAGACAGAUGAACAGGCUGCAUACAUUGUUUAGCUUGCAUUUUGGAGUGACCUCUUCCACCCCCUCCCUGAUCCUGCACCACAAAUUACAUUAAACCAAACACAUCAAAUAGAUUUAUUUUGUGCAAAUGCAGGCUGCAGUUUAUCAAAUAGCCCUAAUUCUGCAACAAGCAAGAGGAGUGGUUGUUGCAGGGAACCCCAGAUGUGGGCAGCUCUCUGCAGCUGGCAAGCCUUCCUGGUCCCAAGAGCAUCAUUUCCAGGGCCUGAGCAGAACUGUAGCCAGGUGCUUCCUUGGCAGCCCCUUUCCAACUUUGCUCUGUCCUCACAUGGCUGCAAUCCAGAGACAGCCCUGUCACAGGUGCCCAGAGACUUUAGCAUAAACCAAGAUUGGCAUCUUGUGGCAUUCCUCCUGAAGUAACUGCUUCCAGAGGCUCCAUUGUCAAUGGGGCAAGUUGUUCAGAACCCCCCCCUCCCCAGCCUUCCAGUUCAACCUUGAUUAACUGGGGAUGAGAGAGCAGCUGUGUGACUGGGCCAGGGGGAAAAACAGUUUAACCUGCUUAUAAAUGCAAAGUUACCUAAUUUCACAUUUUGCAAUCAUACUCAAACGGAAGCACAUUGAUCAUUAGAAAUUUAUACCUCUCCAAAUUUUGCCUUGCAAUGCUAAAAGGAAAUCUCUAUAAUAAAUGUAUAGAAGUUGGGUAUGUAAUACAUUAGCUAAGAAGAAUUGCUUAUAGAUGGGGCUUCCGGUUAGACAUCACGGUGAAGUCAGGAUAGGGGAGUGUUACUUUGUACCCUCCACGCCAAAUUCUCUUUGUCCCCACCUCCCAGGGGAAUAAAGUCACUCUGUAGUAGUGACAUACAAAGGAGAUUCUCCCUGUAGGCUGCAGAAAGUGGUGGCUCUCUUGCUUGACAUAGGGUUUCCUCUUUACUGAAGACAAGGCAGCCAAAAUGGCUACCAUGAAGUUGGGGCAACCAAAGAAACAAAGAUUGUGCAGGAGCGGGGAGAAUACACAGUGAGUGGAACUGGGUGGGGUGAUUUUUAAACUUUAACAAGGAUUUGACGCUAAAAUAAAAUAAAUCCGGAAGAAGGGACUCUCUGGAAUGUUUGAAAAAGGUGACCAAAGAGUGUUAGAGUAAAAUUAUAUCCAAAUAGGAAGAAUCCAGGAAGAAUUACAAAAUACAGGAAGUUUGGAUAUAUAAUUUUUAUUGGCAUGACUUUAAAUAGGCAUUUUAAAAUGCUAGAUAUUUGACUGUUUAUUGAACAAUUGGAAAAAAAUUGAAUUAAUCUGGAAAUAAUUAACUGGAAUUAAUUGUAUUUUAAACAGAUGGCG